AUGCCACUUACCAGAGCGCUUUCAGCACGCUUGCAGGUGGGUUCUCGCCGACAAUCUGCGCCCAGUGCAAAGAAGGGUGCAGCCAGCGAUGAUAUCGUGGCUCUCAAGUUGCAGGCCAAGGCCAGCUCGUCCCCCAGCGUACAAGCUGGCGGAGCAACCCGUGCUCUCGUAGCCGGUACUUUCGCCCAACUCAAUGUCCAGCAAUCCUCCUGCAAGGGCUCCUCCUCAAGCUCGACCACUUCAGCGCCCGCAGCAUCGACAUCAUCAAGGUCGCGCUAUGUACGAAGAGGAAGCAGCCAUUUCUCGUCGCGCUCUUCCACCUCAUCUCGACGCUCCAUCCUCGGCAGUUCCGAUUUCAGAGAGUCUUCCGACGACGAGAACGACGAUCAGCGCCGCUCGGGCAGACUCGGAGGAUGCUCUGCAUUCCCUUUGACCGCCGAUCGACCCGACGACAGCAAUAAAGAAAACGUCGCUCCCUUUCGGUGCGCCUCGCAAGAUGUGCUCGAGACCGAGGCUCGUGAUGCACAGCACGAAGAUGCGAUUCGCCGUACCAGCAGCGCAACCCGCACGAACAGUCUCAUGGAGCGACAUACCUUCUCGUCACCUCGUCGCCUCAGCCGCAGCUCCACCACAUCCGACCUUUCCACAACCUCCCCAGGAGCAAAGUCGACCAUGCCUAUGCCAAAGGACAAGCGUGGCGGCAGAAGCAGCAUCAGCAGCUCUGUCAUCUUCUACGAUCGAUCUGGUGCAGCAGUCGGUGUUCAACUCCACUCUCCACAGUCACGAUUUUUCCGAAGAUGUGGCUGCUCCUCUGCUGUUCUGCUGCCGCGCUUUUUUGGCUUGCAAAGUGUGACUUUGGCAAAGUGCAGAAUUCAAGUGCUGCGAAUUUCUGUCUCGCAGCCAGCCCAAUUGGACUCUGUGGCUCUCCCUGCUGCUGCCCACGACGCGCCCAUUUACGCGUUGGAAGCAAUGCACGACUGCUGCGCGUCUACAGCUAGAAUUUCGCACACCUGCAUCUGA